AUGUCCCCCCCUGCUGCCAUCUUCGAGGCUGUCUCUGCCCCUGCCAGCUCUAUCAAGAGCAAGGUGGUCGUCCCUGAGACGGUCGCCCCGGCCGGCGAGGCGUCUCAGACCAAGCUGCUGGACCAGUUUGCCAGCAAGUGGGAGCAGUUCAAGUUCGCUCCGAUCCGUGAGAGCCAGGUCUCUCGUGCCAUGACUCGUCGCUACUUCCAGGACCUGGACAAGUACGCUGAGAGUGAUGUUGUUAUCAUCGGUGCCGGUUCUUGCGGUCUCAGCACUGCCUACGUCCUGGCCAAGGCUCGUCCUGACCUGAAGAUUGCCAUCAUCGAGGCCAACGUCUCUCCUGGUGGUGGUGCCUGGCUCGGUGGUCAGCUCUUCUCCGCCAUGGUUAUGCGUCGCCCGGCUGAGGUCUUCCUGGAGGACCUCGGAGUCCCGUACGAGGAGGACGCCAACCCCAACUACGUUGUGGUCAAGCACGCUGCUCUGUUCACCUCCACUCUUCUGUCGAAGGUCCUCCAGUUCCCGAACGUCAAGCUCUUCAAUGCCACCACCGUUGAGGACCUUAUCACUCGCCCUGACCCCAACAACAACCCAGAGAGCGUCCGCAUUGCCGGUGUGGUCACCAACUGGACCCUGGUCAGCAUGCACCACGACGACCAGUCCUGCAUGGACCCCAACACCAUCAACGCUCCUCUGGUGAUCUCCACCACUGGCCACGACGGCCCCUUCGGCGCCUUCUCCGCCAAGCGUCUGGUCUCCAUGACCGCCAUCGAGAAGCUCGGCGGCAUGCGCGGCCUGGACAUGAACUCCGCCGAGGACGCCAUCGUCAAGAACACCCGUGAGGUCAGCAAGGGUCUGAUCAUGGGCGGUAUGGAGCUGGCUGAGAUCGACGGCUCCAACCGCAUGGGUCCCACCUUUGGUGCCAUGGUUCUCAGCGGUGUCAAGGCCGCUGAGGAGGCUCUCAAGAUCAUCGACGAGCGUAAGCGCGAGUGUGCUGAGUAA